AUGGGUCGCGCCCAUGCCUAUAGCCUCAACGCACAAGCCCGCCAAAGGCUGUUGUCGACCCUGGCCAUUCUGGAGCAUAAGGAUGGACAGCUCAACCACAGCUCAUCGAGCGCCUUUACAGCUGCCAAGAAGCUCGGUGGAACGGUUCAUGGCUUUAUCGCUGGCAGCAACAUCAAGGCUGUUGCAGAGGAGGCCGCCAAGGCUGAGGGCGUCGAGAAGAUUAUCGCCGUGGAUAACGGCGCCUAUGACAAGGGUCUCCCCGAAAACUAUGCUCCUCUCCUAGUUGAGAACAUCAAGAAGGGCGGUUACACUCACGUCAUCGCUGGCCAUACCGCGUUCGGCAAGAACCUCCUCCCCCGAGUUGCUGCUCUUCUCGAUUCGCAACAAAUUUCCGACAUCACGGCGAUUGAGGGCGAGAACACGUUUGUCCGACCCAUCUACGCCGGCAAUGCGAUCGCCACCGUCGAGUCGUCGGAUUCCAUCAAGGUCGUCACUAUUCGAGGAACUGCUUUUGCCGCUGCUGCUCUUGAGGGUGGCUCUGCUACUGUGGAGGAGGGUGUUGACCCCAAGACCGAGUCCCCCACUGAGUGGGUGUCUGAGGACCUGGCCAAGUCGGACCGUCCCGAUCUUUCCACCGCCAGCCGUGUGGUCUCCGGAGGCCGUGGUCUCAAGUCCAAGGAGGACUUUGACAAAGUGAUGCUGCCUCUGGCCGAUGCUCUUGGUGCUGCCGUCGGUGCCUCCCGUGCUGCUGUCGACAGUGGUUAUGCCGAUAACAGCCUUCAGGUUGGCCAGACCGGCAAGGUUGUCGCUCCCCAACUAUAUAUGGCUGUUGGUAUCUCAGGUGCUAUUCAACAUCUUGCGGGUAUGAAGGACAGCAAGGUCAUUGCCGCUAUCAACAAGGAUGCGGAUGCACCCAUCUUCCAGGUCGCCGAUGUCGGUCUGGUUGGAGAUUUGUUCGAAAAGGUCCCUGAGCUCACCGAGAAGAUCAAGAGCUCUUAA